AUGUCGUGGUUCAGCGGCAUCCUGGUGCCCAAGGUGGACGAGCGGAAGACGGCAUGGGGGGAGCGCAAUGGCAAGAAGGGUGCCCGGCCCCGCGCUGCCCUCUGCGGCCCUCGCUACAUGAGCUGCCUGCAGGACCCUGAGAUGGAGAGGGGCUCGGGGCUCCCCCGGGGGCUACACUGCACCUGGCAGGAGAACCACUACGGCAAGAAGGGACCCGUGGGCGACCUGGGCCUCAAGUCGGUGGACCUGGGCUUGGAGGACGGCGAAGCCAAAGCGUCGAAGGGGAGUGGGGACCGCGGGGGGCGGCGGCCGGCGGCCGGCGAAUGCUGGCGGCGCCUGCUGCAGGUGUUCCGCUCCAAACGCUUUCAGUCGGCCAAGCUGGAGAGGCUCUACCAGCGCUACUUCUUCCAGAUGAACCAGAGCAGCCUGACGGUGCUGAUGGGGGUGCUGGUGCUGGUUUGCGCGGUGAUGCUCCUCUUCCACUGCCUGCCCGGCUCCCCGCAUGUGCCGGCCGCUGCCGCCCUGGCCUGCGCCACUGCCCUCUUCCUGCUCCUGAUGUUGCUGUGCAGCCGCAGCGCCUUUCCUCAGGACUACAUGUGGGUGGUGAGCUACGUGGUGCUGGGGCUGCUGGCCGGGGUGCAGGCGCUGGGCACGGUGGCCGUGGCUCCCCGCAACGCAGGCGAGGGCGUCUGGUGGAGCAUCUUCUUCAUCUACAUCACCUACACCCUGCUGCCCGUACGGAUGAGGGCGGCCGUGCUGGCAGGGGUCUUCCUUUCCACCCUGCACCUCGCCAUCACCUGGCACCGCAACACUGGCGAGCCCUUCCUCUGGAAGCAGCUCAGUGCCAACGCCCUGAUCUUCCUCUGCACCAACAUGGUGGGGGUCUGCACCCACUACCCGGCUGAGGUGUCCCAGCGCCAGGCCUUCCAGGAGACCAGGGGCUACAUCCAGGCUCGGCUGCACCUCCAGCGAGAGAACAGGCAGCAGGAGCGGCUGCUGCUGUCGGUGCUGCCCCAGCAUGUGGCCAUGGAGAUGAAGGAGGACAUCAACACCAAGAAGGAGGAUAUGAUGUUCCACAAGAUCUACAUCCAGAAGCACGACAAUGUCAGCAUCCUCUUCGCUGACAUUGAGGGCUUCACCAGCUUGGCCUCACAGUGCACAGCCCAGGAGCUGGUGAUGACUCUCAAUGAGCUCUUCGCUCGCUUCGACAAGCUGGCAGCAGAGAACCACUGCCUGCGGAUCAAGAUCCUGGGGGAUUGCUACUACUGCGUCUCAGGGCUGCCCGAGGCGCGCGGGGACCACGCACACUGCUGCGUGGAGAUGGGAGUGGACAUGAUCGAGGCCAUCUCGCUGGUGCGGGAAGUGACCGGGGUGAACGUCAACAUGCGCGUGGGCAUCCACAGCGGCCGCGUGCACUGCGGUGUCCUGGGGCUGCGCAAGUGGCAGUUUGACGUCUGGUCCAACGAUGUCACCUUGGCCAACCACAUGGAAGCAGGGGGCAAAGCUGGGCGCAUCCACAUCACCUGGGCUACGCUGCAGUAUCUGAAUGGGGACUAUGAGGUGGAGCCUGGGCACGGGGGCGAGCGCAAUGCCUACCUCAAGGAGCACAACAUUGAGACCUUCCUCAUCGUGGGCUGCAGCCAGAAGCGAAAGGAGGAGAAAGCUAUCCUGGCCAAGCUGCAGCGGGCUCGUGCCAACUCAACGGAGGGGCUGGUGCCACGCUGGGUGCCCGAGCGCUCCUUCUCCCGCACCAAGGACUCCAAGGCCUUUCGGCAGAUGGGCAUUGAUGACUCCAGCAAGGACAAUCGUGGUGCCCAGGAGGCCCUGAACCCCGAGGAUGAGGUGGAUGAGUUCCUGAGCCGUGCCAUCGAUGCCCGCAGCAUCGACCAGCUCCGCAAGGACCACGUCAAGAAGUUCCUCCUCACCUUCCAGACCCCUGAGCUGGAGAAGAAGUACUCCAAGAAGGUUGACGACCGCUUUGGUGGCUACAUGGCCUGCACCCUCCUUGUCUUCUGCUUCAUCUGCUGCCUCCAGAUCGUGGUGUUCCCCCACUCCUCGCUGAUGCUCGGCAUCUACGUCAGCAUCUUCCUCCUCCUCGCUGCCAUCCUCUUUGUCUGCGCUGUCUACUCCUGCAUCACUCUCUUUCCUGCUGCUCUGCAGCAGCUGUCCCGGAAGAUCGUCCAGUCCCGAGCCCACAGCACCAUCAUUGGAGUCUUCUCCAUCCUCCUCGUCUUCAUUGCUGCCUUCAUCAACAUGUUCUCCUGCAGCCGAGUGGCCCUGCGGGACUGCGCUGCCCGAGAGCUCAACAUCACCCCCGAGGCCAUGGGGCCCUGCCAGCUGCGGGCACUCAACAUCUCCCUGGGCACCCCUGCAGGCUCCUGCCAUGGUGCCAGCCUGGCCUGUGACUUCCCCGAGUACUUCAGCUACAGCGUGGUGCUGAGCCUGCUGGCCUGCUCGGUCUUCCUGCACAUCAGCAGCAUCGGCAAGCUGCUGCUCAUGGUGGCCAUUGAGGCCACCUACCUUCUGCUGGUGGAGGGCCCCCAGGCUGCCCUCUUCGACAACGCUGACCUGCUGGUUGGGGUGCAUGUUGGGGUUGGGGCAGGGGCUGAGCCGCUGCCUGGUGCCCACAGCAUGGCAGAGGGCAAGGUGCCCCUGCGGGUGGUCACCCCGGUAGUCCUGGCUGUCUUCGCCCUGGCACUGUACCUGCACGCGCAGCAGGUGGAGUCCACCGCGCGCCUCGACUUCCUCUGGAAGCUGCAGGCCACAGGCGAGAAGGAGGAGAUGGAGGAGCUGCAGGCCUACAACCGGCGGCUGCUGCACAACAUCCUGCCCAAGGACGUGGCAGCACAUUUCCUGGCACGGGAGCGCCGCAACGAUGAACUCUACUACCAGUCCUGCGAGUGUGUGGCUGUGAUGUUCGCCUCCAUCAGCAACUUCUCUGAGUUCUACGUCGAGCUGGAGGCCAACAACGAGGGCGUGGAGUGCCUCAGGCUGCUCAAUGAGAUCAUCGCUGACUUCGACGAGAUCAUCAGCGAGCAGCGGUACCGGCAGCUGGAAAAGAUUAAGACCAUAGGCAGCACCUACAUGGCAGCCUCAGGGCUCAACGCCUCUACCUACGACCGGGAGGGCCGGAGCCACAUCGCAGCGCUGGCCGACUAUGCCAUGCAGCUGAUGGAGCAGAUGAAGUACAUCAACGAACACUCCUUCAACAACUUCCAGAUGAAGAUUGGGCUGAACAUGGGCCCAGUGGUGGCAGGGGUGAUCGGGGCCCGCAAGCCCCAGUAUGACAUCUGGGGCAACACCGUCAACGUCUCCAGCCGUAUGGACAGCACUGGCGUCCCUGACCGCAUCCAGGUGACAACGGACCUGUACCAGGUGCUGGAGGCCAAGGGCUAUGUGCUGGAGUGCAGGGGGCUGGUGAAGGUCAAGGGCAAGGGGGAGAUGACCACCUACUUCCUCAAUGCUGGUCCUGGGGGGAGCUAGGGGGGUUGUCCCCAUGGUGUGUUCCCCCUCCACUUCCCCCCAACCCUAACCCAGCCUCUUACCCUGCACUGUGGUCAGGCAAAAAAAAAAAGGAAA